AAACGAACUCGCAUGACGUUUAAGUGACAGUUGAUGAGUUGCAGAUUUGCUGUUUACCAUUAAAAUUGUUGAAUUUUUCCCGAUUUUACUAUUUUUUGCUUCUUUUUCAUCAAAAAUUUACUUCACAAGUAACGAGGAUGUUCCUUACUCGCUCCGAAUACGAUCGUGGGGUCAAUACCUUUUCGCCCGAAGGACGUUUAUUUCAAGUAGAAUACGCCAUUGAAGCAAUUAAGCUCGGAUCUACCGCAAUUGGGAUCUGUACGAAGCAUGGAGUUGUCAUCGCGGUCGAAAAGCGCAUCACUUCUGUGCUCAUGGAACCGGCAAAAGUAGAAAAAAUCGUCGAAAUCGAUCGUCAUAUUGGUUGUGCGACAUCUGGAUUAAUUGCCGAUGCUCGUACUUUACUCGAUCGCGCGCGAAUCGAAGUGCAAAAUCACUGGUUUGUCUAUAACGAACGCAUGACAGUCGAAUCUUGCGCGAAAGCUGUGUCUGUGGAAGCGAUUAAAUUCGGCGAUAGUGACAGCGAAUCGGCAACAAGUCGUCCAUUUGGUGUUGCAAUCUUAUUUGCGGGCAUCGAUGAUGGCGAACCGCAAUUGUAUCACAUGGAUCCAUCAGGGACAUAUACGCGUUUCGAGGCAAAAGCCAUCGGGAGUGGCAGCGAAGGCGCUCAACAAACGUUGCAGGAACAAUAUACGCCGGAUUUGACGUUGGAAGACGCCUUGAAUGUGGCUUUGAGCAUCUUGAAGGAAGUCAUGGAGGAGAAAUUAAAUUCCACAAAUGUCGAAAUAAUGACAAUGACACCCAAGGAGCUCUUUAGAAUGUAUUCCAAGGAGGAAAUUGAGCAGGCGAUCGGCAACAUGCAUAAUUAAUUCGUGUUUUUCGGGUUUUUAUGGAAUAAAAAUUCAUUUUUUUCAACAUUAUUAUUAAAAAUCACGCUAAAA